AAUGACUCCGCGGCUCUCCUCCGGGGGCCCUGAGUGUGUGUUUGAGAAGAACAAAAAAGAGAGAGAGAGAAGGGGGGAGAGACAGAGAAAAGCGAAAAGGAAGAAACGCAGAGCGCUGUUUAACCAGACCUCGGAGGGACCACGGGGCGAAGCGGAGUCACUUUUUGGGGGGGUUGCUGCUCCUGCAGCGUCUGUGUGGAGCGCGGAGCGGGCAGCGACCUCUGCCUCGGUGGAUUGCAUUUUUAAUUAAGGAUUUCCAGCGGCUCUUUGGGAUAUUUACAAUUUCCACUCAUGUGUUGAAACCAGCGUUAAAGGGAAACUCCUCCAAGUGCAUCCUAAGUCUGGGACCUGAUACGGAGUUGGCCUUUUUCCGCAUAAAAAUUCAGGGUUUGGGGUUUUGUUUGUGUGCGUUGUCUUUUAACUUUUCUUUAUUUUUUUUUUCCUGAAGCGGGGAGGUGAGUGAUUCUCCCUCUCAAUCUGCCUUUUGGAUCUAGCAAAUCUCUUGCUUAAAAAAAAGCAUUUUGCUUUUUAAAGAGUUUAAAUAUUUAGUGGUGUGUGUGUAUGUGUGUGUGUGCAUUUUUUGCUAUUGGACCCUCCACACAACUUUUAAAGAAUUGGUGGUCGAUGCAGGGUAUUUUUCACUGGGCAUUUCCUGCAGCCCCCUUUAACCGCGGGGGCCCGAGCUUAACAGCGGGAGCGACUUUAUAAGCCGGGGUCAAUGUAGCGCCCCCCACCCCACUCCCUCGGCCACUUGCUGUUGCUUUCUCUCAAAGUUUUCCUCCCCACUCACCCCUUCCCCACUACCCCUUCCCCACCCAUCCCCUGGUCACCCCACCCCGGGAGGGCUCCCUCAUGUUGCAGCUCUGUUGCGAUCUAUCGGCGACAGGCUGUGCAGAGUUUGCACGGCGCAGCACGGCGGAGCUUCAUGUGGGACUGCGACCCGUACAGUCACCGCCGCGCUGAGGGUACCGACUCCCAGUAACUGGAGACCUCCUCCUCCCCCCCACCCCUGGCGCCAAAGGAUAUCGUAUGUUCAGGUCCAAACGCUCGGGGCUGGUGCGGCGACUUUGGAGAAGUCGUGUGGUCCCCGACCUGGAGGAAGGAGGCGGCGGCGGCGGCGGAGGAGACGAGGAUGGGAGCUCCGGGAGCCGCGCUGAGCCGGCCCCGAGGGGAGGAGAAAGGGGUGGCUGCAGUCGUUCCGAAAUCCGCCCGGUAACCUCGCGGCGGCCCCGGGAGGCGGCCGGGCAGCGAGGCGCCCAGGGCGCAGGGAGGCGCCGGCGCGCGGGGGGCCCCCUGAGGCCCAUGUCGGAGCCAGGGGCCGGCACUGGGGCCGGGGGCUCCACGUUGGAGGUGGCGGAGCAAGGAGGCCCUGGCUGGCUGCCGGAAAGCGACUGCGAGACCGUGACCUGCUGCCUCUUCUCCGAACGGGACGUGGUUGGCGCGCCCCGAGACACCGGUGACCCACUGGCCGGGGCGCCCCUGGAGCACGGGGCUGGCGGCGGGAGGAGCAGGGAAGCCCGUUCCCGGCUGCUGCUGUUAGAACAGGAACUCAAGACCGUCACCUAUUCGCUGCUGAAGCGGCUGAAGGAACGCGCUCUGGACACGCUGCUGGAGGCGGUGGAGUCCCGCGGUGGGGUGCCUGGCGGCUGCGUCCUGGUGCCGCGCACAGACCUCAGGCUGGGCGGCCAGCCCGCCCCGCCCCAGCUACUCCUGGGCAGACUCUUCCGCUGGCCCGACUUGCAGCACGCCGUCGAGCUCAAGCCCCUCUGUGGUUGCCAUAGCUUCAGCGCGGUCGACAGCCCCACAGUGUGUUGCAACCCUUACCACUUCAGCAGGCUCUGCGGGCCAGAAUCUCCACCACCCCCCUAUUCUCGGCUGUCUCCUCCCCACGAUGAACGAAAGCCCCUGGAUUUAUCUGAUUCCACGUUGUCUUACACUGAAGCAGAGACCAUCAAUUCCCCAAACAUCAUGCCUGGUGAAUUCUCAGGAGAAAACUGUAAGGAAGAUUUCUAAACCAGACUGGACAUGGGGCUAGAAGGUA